CCGGUUUCAGUCUGGCACCACGAGCGCUCGUCCGUAUUGCAUUAGUAUUUAUUUAUGUAUCGUGCAGGUUCUGGUUCUGGCGGCGCCGCGGGUCGCGGGCGGCGGGGAGAACACUUACUACGUGAUUAAUCCGCGCCCCCGCCCGGCCCGCGGCCCUUGCCGCGGCCAGGCGUACUCGCGCCGGGUUUCCUCGUCCCCGCGUCUCAUGGCCACUCACUACGCACGGAGCUCCGCCGUAGUGCCGCCUGCCGACGCCAGUCGCGUCGCGACCUGCGCCGACAACGGACGCUCCGUGUAAACAUCUCAACUGUAUGAUAUCAUUCAUGCUAAUCUCCGCUCGUUGAUUUUCCUGCCCAGUGACCGCAGUGAAACCCGCGUCGCCGCGAGUGCCGAAUGUUAGUAGACGUCACCGGUGUAUUUUUCCGUCGGGAACUAAACCUGUUUGGAGUGAUCGGCGCCUGCCUCGGAUGAGACCGGCGACUAGUGAACGUUGCUGUGACCCGUGGCCUGCGAUGCUGCGCCCGUGACCGUCUUGCGACAGUGCCACGAAACCGCGUCCGAUGAUCUCGGCGAGGCUCCCCGGCGAGGCGCUGGCCCAGCUGGGGCAGCUCGGGCCGCUGGGGCUGUACCCGCCGCCGCCGCCGGCCGGCAUGACGCCCGAGUUCCUCGCCCCGCCGCCCCGGCCCUACGCGCGCUACGCGCAGCGCCGCCCGCGCGACAUGCCAGCGCCCCCCGCCCCUCAAUCUCCCUCGUUUCCUAGUUAUCCGACCUUCCUCCCUCAUCCCUCGUACGCGUACAACCUGUACCGGGCGGGCCCCCGGGCGCCGCAGUCGCCGGCCAACUACCCCCUGCACCGGCCCACGUCGGGCUUCGUGCCGCCGGCUCCGGCGUCCCAUUCACCACCAGUGUCUGCGCCGGCGCCUUUACCUCCUGUCCACAGAGACGAACCACCAAUUUCACCGGAGCGCGGCGCGCCCGCGGCAUACUUCUGCCGUGGUGCCCUCAUUCGACUCGAAGAUGGUUCGCUUCGGCGCGUUGAAGAGAUGAGGACAGAAGACUUUGUGAUGAGCGCAGAGCACAGUGGGGACCUGGCGCUGACUCAAUGCACGCUGCUACGGCUCGACGAGCGGGGCGACCGGCUCGCGCUCACACUGACGUACGAUAGGAACCGGGCACAGGUGGAGCUGGACUCGACCGUAGACCACCCGUUCUUCGUGUACGGGCGUGGCUGGGCGUCCUGCAAGCCGGAGCGCACGCUGGCGCGGUACGGGUUGCACGUCCAACGACUGCAAGUAGGCGACGUGUGCGUGUCUCUAGUCGCCAGGAAGCACGCCUCCGCGUCUCUCCCCGCGCACCCCUCCUCCGCGCCUCCUCAGACGCACCCGGAGAACCUCAGCGUUAAGGAAGACGCUCGCAAGCGGCGGUGGUCCGCUUCAGACGUGCUCGAAGACGACCGCCCCCUUCCAAAGAAACGCUGAAGCGUCGUGAUCGCUCUUAAACUAUCGUUUAGUUCGUUUCUUCCCGUAGUCGUCGCGGAUUGUGAGCUGAAUUAGUGAUCGAACGCUUCAUCUUCCUGCUAUCUAACGAAAUCAGCUUCGCAAUAUUCUCACGUGGAUAGUGACAAUAACCCAGUGAGUGAUCGCGUGCCCGUGCGGCCGCGACCGUCCGCUGUACUAUCGGGAACUCUAGGUGCUUUUUACUGUCCGGUGCUUCUGUCGCGUAUGUGUACGACAAUGUAAAUAUGUAUGUAAUUAUGAUACUUAGGUCAAAGUUCAAUGUUACACUCCAUGACUAAACUAAAUGUAUCACAAAUAUGUGAACGAACGUUUGCGCGAUGCGUAGGAGAGCAUAUAAAAAAUAUUUUUGCACAUAUAUACAUACCGACACAAGUCAAAUCAUUAAUCAAACUGUUUUUAGUUUAAAAUUAUAUUGGAGUGAGAACCGAAAAACUUAAUGAGCACAAAAAUAACAAUGUGUAUGUUUCUACCAGAUCUUAUAGUAGGUUAGAUUUUGUGAUAAACAAUGAGAUUUUAAAUCGCCAGUCCGUCGAGACGGCAUUGCAUAUUAUGUUAAACAAAGGUACAAUGAAUGUUUGGUAGGAUAGCUAUGGGCUUACGUUCUAAAUGAGGAAUGAGUUCCUUGCCUUUUCACCGUUGAGUGGGGCUGCUUUUCCACCAAAUAGGUGGCUAAUGCUAAAGGGUAAACGAGAUCAAAACUAAACUACACCAAAAAUGUGAUUCAAUUACGGUAUUGACCAGAACUACGAGUAAAGUAAACGGCAUAACGGAUCAGGUUAAUGAGAUUAACUAGCUUCCAGCUCUCAUCCGUAGCUCGCAAUCCUUCACAAAAGGCACUUCGAUGAUUAAUUGGAUCAUAGGUACCAACACAUAAUUAGCAACACAGCAUGUCUGUAGGCAAUUAGGCAUCUCUGGUAGAAAAGCAAUUUGACUCAGUUGGGGGCAGACGUAGCCCACACCCAUGGUUGUGACAGACAUAUCCCGGCUCGCGAAACAGACAACCAAACAAACCCUGCUACAAGCUUCCCCUAUUGGCUGUAGUAAGGACCGAACUUGCAGGUGGUGGCAAAUUUAUCUGACAAGUAAUUUGAUCGUGUAUACAUUAUAAUAUCUAUUCUAAAAAUAAAAUAUAUAUGUACCUAUAUUAUGACGUUGUUAGAUGUCAUCUCUAUUGUUUUUAGACGUCCAUGUGUAAUACACAUAACUUUUCUAUGAGAAGAUUGUUGUAUACAUAAUAAACACACAGUCUGUGAUAUUUUGUAGUUAUUGGUCAGAGUAGAUAUGAAGUAUUGCUUGAAUAAAGGAAAUAUAUAUGUUUAGAGUACUAAGUGCGUAAACGGUAAGGAGCUAUAUAGAUGUCGUAUACUCAAAAAUUUCGCUGGAGGAUACAAACAAAAUACAUAAACAAGUAGAGUCUGUGAUUUUAUACAUAUGUAUAUCGUUAUACCAAAUAACGACGAAUGCAAAGGCCAUAUCAAAAUCCAAUUAAUUUUAAAUAUUAUUAAGUGAAUAUUUACCGUUCUUCAUUUGGUAUAUUAUUAUUUGCAUAAUAUAAAUCGUAGAGUUUCACAUGGAUUUCCAACCGAAUACUUACCUAAUACGUAGGUAUAAUGUUGAGUGUAAUGAUAUGGGUACAAGGAUGUUUGCCAUGCUAGGCGGGCCUGGCCCGCGGGACACGGGGUAGUACUUUCAUUGUACCGUAAAUGUUACGUGCUUGUUAAUUGUAUGUUAAUUAUUAGCGGCCGGCCCGGCACCGCGCCCGGACACGGCCGGCGGGGCGUAGAUAAAAAGCUAAUAAUUUGUUGUAUAAUGUAUGUAAUUCUAGUUUUAUCGUGUUUAUUAUUAUAUUUUGUAAUUGUAAUGAAAGAUCUCAUUUUAUUAAUCGGUAUUUUCUAACAAGGCGCUUCAUUAGAUCAUGACUAAGCCUACCUCACAAACUUGAGACCGGGCGGCGCGCGCCGCGGCCGGUCGCCAGCAAGUCGACAAGAUCUCAAUUUGAUGAAAAUAAACUUAUAAAAAGACUGGGACGCUUUACUGAAUGUUGUGGGAUAGUAGUUUCUUUGAAGAUAUUACUUAAAUUAUGAUAUAGGAAGGAGCAUUUAUUAAGUGAUCGGGCGCAACCGGCGCGACGCGCUGCGCUCCUAUUCCAAGCAAGUCGCUCGACUCGAUUAGUACAAAAAUUCUUACAAAAAGUAUUAUUUCCCAAAAUUUUCAAUUCAGAAAGUAUUAACUUAAUUUCAAUGAAGGGUGCUAUACAAACUGUUUUCGUUGACGUGUCAAGCACGAUAACAUACUUAGGACAUUAAUGUCCCGAUAUUUGCAAUAUUUUGAGUGUAAAUUGGCAGAAUCAAAGUUCUUCCAAGACUAAAAUCUAUUGAAAUGUACCAGUUUAUAUUCCAAGCCAGCUUCAGUUUUGUUCCCUUGAACUACUAACGUAUGUUCUAUGUAUUAUAACAAUUGCAAGCCAAUGUAAAUUAGAUAUACAAAAUCGAUUUUAACUAUUGUAUUUACAACCAAUAAUUACUUCAUGUGGAGUAGUUAUCCCAACAUUUAUAAAACCAUUGCUGUCAAGAAAGUUAUAUUUUUCCAUCAACUUACAUAUUAUGAUCAGACAAUACCUAUUCAAAUGCUAUAUUUGUAAAAGAGAAUCAAUAAUAUAUAUGAGGUAAACAAACUUGAGCAUAAUUAAUUGAUGACUUUGGACCAAGUUCCCAAAUUUAAAAGAAAAUCAUAAUUGACGAGAGGAUACGUUUACACUGGGCGACAUCUGUUAUCAAUGCUGACGAUUAAGUGUAAACCUAAACGAGCCCUAAGCUAGGUUUAAGCCGGUCUAAGUUAUUUCUGCUCAACUGAUCGUCUCAUUUUUGUAAACACGAACAAAGUUUCUGCAUUACGCGAUGAAUAGCAAAACAUUUUUUUCAACACAUCAAUAAAAAAUAUAGUGAGCAAACAGAAACUUUGGUCCUGUAUCAUUGAAUACGUUUUAUGUCACGACUGUUCUUAAUGUUACGUGUUAAGGCCAGGAAAUUAUAUAAUUAUAUUCAUCGUUAAGUUUAUUUCCGUUUUAUAUCUUUAAAAUUCGCUUGUCGACAAUAAGAUACAUAUGUAGCUAAUUAUUAUUUUAAUAACGUAGAGAAAUGAUCACUGCGGGUCUACCGCGAACCACGUUCGACGUGUUGCCUCCCUGUCACUUACGUACGAAUUUACAAGUGCGACAGAGAGGCAACACGUCGAACGUGGUUUGCGGUAGACCCUCUGUUCUUGUGGUCGAGUGAUCUUUGUAUGAGUGUUCAAACGUAGAGAUCGACUUUCGGCAACACAUUGAUAUAGAAAUAAAACGUAGAAAUACUUGCAAUUGUCUCUUUCCAUCUUGGCGCUGUAGCAAGUCAUUGAUUAACGUGUGUGACAGAGAUAUACCUAAUGAUUUUGUAAGUACCUACACGAAUGACUGGACUUGCGUUGCAUAGUGACAAUAGAUACUUAUCAUAUUUAGAGUGCCGUGUUUCGUCGUUGCCAACAUAGUACAUAUGUAGUGCAUAAUUAUUUUCCAUCGUAUUUUCACGGAAACGUACGAACGUGUCUUGCCAUUUCAGUCAAUCUCGGUGCAAAAAGUACUGAGAUUGACUGGCGUAGCAUGACAAAUACGAACGUUUCCGAGAAAAUACGAAGGAAAACAAUUAUGCUCUACAUCUGUAACGGGCAUUAUUCCAUACGCUAUGACCUUAUCAUAUCGGUAUUGAGUCUCACCUUUACUUUAAACACAAAAUAAAUAUUUGAGUCGGGGAGAUGCGUAUUGUACAGUCAGCAGCAGAAGUUGCUAAGCGGGCAAGAUGUUCAAAAUGACCUUGGCACGCUCUUAUUCUCUUAACAAUAAGGUCGCGUCAAGAUCAUUUUGAACACCUGGCCCGCUUAGCAACUUCUGCUGCUGACUGUAGCAACACUACCAUAAUCGUCAAAUUUCAUUUUUUUCGGUGUUGUCAAUGUUAUCAUAUUGUGUCGGUGUAGACUUAAAUUACUGUAGGUACUACUCGUACAACAUCUACAAGAUUUCCUUUUUACUUAUAAAUAUAAUUAUGUUGCAAUGUAUAGUUUGUCAAAGGACUAUCCGUUUUCAAUCAUAGACAGAGAGAAUCAUAAGUACUAUCUUUGUCUUACACUAGUACUAGCACCCAAAAGAAAAGGAUGAGUAUAGUUUUGCUGGUUCUUACUGACUGACAAAUUGGUUUGACCAACUAUAUUUACUUUUAGCCUGAGAACACUGGUCAGGCAUCGAUACCGAUUCUGGAGAUAGGAGUUUGAGCGUGUCGAAUAGAAGCCCGUUUUCCACAGUUCGUAGUAAACCUUCCCAACUAACCAAGUACUUCCGACAGAAGAUUGUGCCAUCUUACAGAUUUCUUAUUAUAUUCAACUAUUUUGGUCAAACGAAUGGCCAAUAACUCUAGCCGCCCAUACGUCAAACCUUGCCAAGCAAAGUGAAAUUUUAUUUUGUCAACACAAAGUUCAAAUUAGAAUGGAACAGGAGACCUUUUUAUAGGUCUCUGGGCGGCUAGAGGAUAAAGGAACACCUGUCUUUAUAUACGUUAUUAACAUAUUCUUAAUUAUUGGUUAAAAUCGACAUGAUAUCCAACUUAACCUCAAACUAGUUCAGAUAGAGUGACUGUCAAAUAACAACUUUGAUACAUAUAUUUGUUACAAAAUCACCUAUCAUUAGGAGUUUCUUUUAAAAUUAUAAUAGAAAUACAGAUAGAUGCUUUUACUGGAGAAGUUGUGUCAUUUAUGUAAUAGAAAAAUAAAUAUAAAAUUGUUAUAUAAUUAUAUGAUGAAUGGCAAAAUAUAUAUGUAUAUUUUAUUGUAUAGCGGAGUGAGUACUAUUUCAGAUUAUGUAAAUGGAAAAUGUUAUAGACCGAGAUGUGUUAAAAUAAGUUAACUGUUUGUAAAAAGAAGAGAAAAUAUGUAUAACUGAAUAUUUGCUACAA